UAUAAGUAAUUAAUAUAUGCAUUUAAAAAAAAAAUCAUACAAUAAGCUUAAAUAUUAACUCUUCUAACUUUUUCUGUUACAAAAUCGUUCAAGACAUCCAGAAAGUUAACCUUUUCCAAUACAUCAUUUUCAAUUGCCAUUAUGGCCAAUGAAUUUAAACGGUUUUGAGACAUAGUUGAACGAAGGCAGUUUUUAAUUAAUUUCAAUUUGGAAAAGUUUCGUUCACCAGUGGCGUUUGUAAUCAUUAGACUUCUAUAUAUUUGCAAAGCUGUCAUUACAUUCGGGAAAGUUGAUUGUGCCAUGUUACCAAUAAUCAGUUUGUAAGACUCUUCGGCAGGCACAAUUUUUUUCCGACGUCUUCUAAUUGUAAGAUGAAGUAUUUAUACUGAACCAUUUCGUCAAUAAACUCAGGCUCAAUGUCCUCGAAAUAAUGUUCCUUAAACUUUGUGCAAGCCUGUCUAAUUUCAGCGUCGGAUUUUGUCGAGAAAUCUGUUAGAAACCCAAACAGAUAAUUUAUUUCCCGGUAAGCUUCUAGGCGCCGCGACAGUUCUGUACACAGCAUGUCUAGUACUGGCAAAUAUAAUAUACAUACCUAUGGUAGGUACCAGAACAGUAAGUGUGCAUUCACAACGUAGAAUUUUGCGCGUUUUUAAGCGUGUUGUGUUAAAAAGCUGCUCUUGCUGUAUAGCCAUCUGAUUAGUCGGCGUUAAAAUUACCGCGAUAAAAUUGCUUGCGAUUAUAUUACUGCGUUAUAUAUGAACUACCAUAAUAUUAAUAUCUAAUUUGGAAUGCGUUCAGAAAUGUACUAAAAUAGCGUCGAUGUAAUGUACAGAGCAAGACAAUCGUCAUUGAAAUUUCAAAUUAAAUUUUUACUGUUUAAGAAACUUUGUCAAUUUUUUUCUCGGUAGCACAGGGCCCCUAGGCAGUUGCCUACAAUUCCUAAUGGAUAAAACGGCCCUGACACUUAGAACUAUUGACAUCACUUUCAACAGAUAAUUUCAUACUUGCCUUAAGAAGAUUUAUCGCACGCAGAGGACGUCCGUCAAUUAUCUACUCCGACAAUGGGACUAAUUUUAUUGGAACUAACAACUCUCUGGAGAAUAUCAACCUAGAAAGACUAAAGACAACUUUUUCUCCAAUUUUAUGGAGAUUCCUACCUCCGACUGCUCCAUGGUGGGGAGGAUUUUUUGAGAGGUUAAUAGGACUUUUGAAAAGAAUUUUGAGGAAGGUCCUAGGUCAUACAUCCUUAAAUUACCAGGAAAUUGAAACUGUUUUGUGUGAUUGUGAAAGCCAACUCAAUUCAAGACUCUUAACAUAUGUUAGCGAUGAUCCCGAUGAUUCAUGUCCUUUAACACCUGAUUUAUUUCUGAAAGACACUCGUACAAGUAGUAGUACGGACUUGGAUAGAUUAAAGCUAACUGACAAGACGGAAUUAAACGAAAGACUUGCGUAUAGAAGAAGACUGAUGACAGAUUUACGAGCAAGAUUCCGUAGUGAAUAUCUGAGUCAGCUACAUCAUAGACUGACAGUUCGAAAACCAACAUACCAUCCUAAAGUUGGAGAUAUCAUCUUGAUUUGGAAUGAUAAUCUCAAAAGAAUACAUUGGCCCUUGGGAAGAAUACUCUCGGUUUACACAAGUAAAGAUGGACUGAUCAGAAGAGCCAAAGUUAAGACCAAAUCCGGAAUUCUGAUCAGACCAAUUCAAAAUCUCUGCCCAUUAGAACUGGACGAGGAGAAUCUCAGCAGCAAAGAUCAGCUGCCAGAGACUUCCAAAGAUGAGCCAGAAAGAAUAUCAUCAGACAUUCCUGAUUCAGUUCCUGCCACUACCAGAGUUGGACGUGUUGUUCGCCCACCAUCCAGAUUUGGACAAUGAAGUAUUGAGAUUC